GCUGAUCCUCGCCUAGACGAGGUCAGUUUUGACUACAUUGCGCAAGUGGUCUCAGUCCCAUCUCCACCAUAUGUCUGUACAGACUCACCCCUCCGCUGGGGCCUCCAAGGGCAGGGGCAUCUCCUCGCCCCACACUGGGCUGUGCCCCAGCCCGGGCCUGUGCCUGACCUAGUCCUGCUUCCCUUUCUCUGUCUCGGCUUCAGGACACUUCUAGGACCUGCGCCUUCUCACCAGGAUGAGCCUACUGGCUUCUUGGCAGCUGAUGCUUUUCCUCUGUGCUAUCUCCUUCAGAGAAACCUUAGAAAAGGUGGUGCCCGUGGAGAAUCCUAGAUCCACCGGUAUGUGUUAUCUGGGGAAAAGGGCGGAAGGGAGCAAGGACAUUGCGUUUGCCGACUGUAUUUUGGCAAAAGGCUUUAGAGGAGGCCACAAAAGGCGGCCCCAGAAGUGCUUCUGCUGCUGGGAGAGUGGGUCUCUGAGUCUCCUAGAGGCCAAGGGACAAAUGGAAGGACAGGAUGAGGCUUCAGGCAGCCUCAAGGAGGCUCAAGGAGGCUCUCCUGGCUUGGUCUCACCCUAUGACUCUGUCCUAGGCCAGCAGCUCAGCCCCCUGCCGCUUUUGGCCGCCUGGGAGCAGAGCCCACUCUGCACAGCCCGAGGGAGUGAGCUGGGGUCCCAGGGGCCAGCCUCCUGCGUGCCCCGCAGCCGCCUGAUCCCAGCCCCUCGGGGCGCAGUGCUGGUGCAGCGGGAGAAGGACCUGCCUGCCUACAACUGGAACUCCUUCGGACUGCGCUAUGGCCGGCGGAGGGCAGCGCCCCAGAACCUUGCCCAGAGACAAGGGACGUCCAGCCCUGGACUGACAGGGCCUCUGGGCACUCAGAGUGGGAGAAGGGGGCAGGGAAUGGGAGGGGGCCUGGAGUUUCCGGUACUGAAUCAAUAAAGGAAAUGCCACCAACU